CCAAGAUGGCGGCGCCCAGAGCACUGGGCCGCGACCGGCCUCUGCUCAGUCUCGAAUUAUAGCUUUGACGCGGUCUGCGGGGCCAUGGACCGGCCGGGGUUUGCGGCCUCGCUGGUGGCUGGUGGUGUAGCUGGUAUCUCUGUUGACUUGAUAUUAUUUCCUCUGGAUACCAUUAAAACCAGGCUGCAGAGUCCCCAAGGAUUUAAAAAGGCUGGUGGUUUUUAUGGAAUAUAUGCUGGUGUUCCUUCUGCUGCUGUUGGAUCCUUUCCUAAUGCUGCUGCAUUUUUUAUCACCUAUGAAUAUAUGAAAUGGUUUCUGCAUACUGAUUCAUCUUCAUAUUUGGUGCCUGUGAAGCAUAUGUUGGCUGCCUCUGCUGGAGAAGUGGUUGCCUGCCUGAUUCGAGUUCCUUCUGAAGUGGUUAAGCAGAGGGCACAAGUAUCUGCUUCUUCAAGAACAUUUCACAUUUUCUCUAACAUCUUACGUGAAGAGGGCAUCCGAGGAUUGUAUCAAGGCUAUAAAAUCACAGUUUUAAGAGAGAUUCCUUUUUCUUUGGUCCAGUUUCCACUAUGGGAGUCCUUAAAAGCCCUCUGGUCCUGGCGGCAGGAUCAUGUGGUGGAUUCUUGGCAGUCAGCAGUCUGUGGAGCUUUUGCAGGUGGGUUUGCAGCUGCAGUUACCACGCCUCUGGAUGUGGCAAAAACAAGAAUUAUGUUGGCAAAGGCUGGUUCCAGCACUGCGAGUGGGAACGUGUUCUCUGCCCUGCACGAGGUCUGGCGGUCACAGGGGCUGGCAGGAUUAUUUGCAGGUGUCUUCCCUCGAAUGGCAGCAAUCAGUCUGGGAGGUUUCAUCUUUCUGGGUGCUUAUGACCAGACACGCGGCUUGCUAUUGGAAGUUGGCAGAAAGAGUCCGUGAUGCAGAGGCAGCCUCCCAUCUACUGCUCUCAAGAAAGGGGACUGCUCGAGAACCCUCCCUUCUGGUGAGCAGCUGUUCGGCGCCAGUGCUAAAGUCCAGAUUUGCUAAGACUACGAACCUGAGAAUGUGUCGCCCAUGGUACAGGCUGGCUGGAAUGAAGUCAUCAGCCUAAAUGCCAGAAAGUUAAGAAAGAGAGAAAAACUAUGUCUAGGGUGGUACUCUGAGCAAUUUUCUCAGAACCCCUGAAUAAAUAACUUUGGUGAUGCUGAGGCCAGGCCCUUCAGGAGCUCUCAUUUGCUCUCUACCUGAUCUUCAUUUCCUGCCGCCUGAUGGUGGAUUCAGCAGAAGGUUAUAAUUUUAAAAGAACGGCUAGAUUGAGAGGAGGAGGGAGCCGUGGGGAAAAAGCUGUGUAUGUGGGUGUUUCUCCCGCAGGUUAACUCCUUCUGUGUGAGGUUAUAGCUUUGUUUAACAAGAAUGAACUGCAGGUGCAUAGCAAGCAUUCUUUCUGGGUAACCAGGCUGCUGUUUUUAAUUACUCUCAGAUUUCACCUAUAAAAACAUGCGAUUGUAUUAUUUUACAGAGAAGCGUCCGACAACCCGUGUGUUGUGUGAGAGAAAGUUAGCUGUGGCUCAGGUGACUGGGUGGGGCCACCGAGCCAUACCGCACUAUUCUAUUUCAGGCUGAAAGGAAGGCCUGAGCUGGCUUUGCACUGUCUGCUCAAGUUUUAGGCUCAACAUUGGAAGCCGAAGGCAUGAAAUAGAAAGGUCACUAGAUUUCGAGCUUGACUAACAAGCUCCAGGUGUAGAAAAAUGGAGGGAAAUCUCAGGAAUCCAGCAGUGUUGUGUCUUCCCCGGAGCAAUAGUAUAUAAGUCUGCUUUGCCUCAAUUUUUUUCCUUGUUGGGAGAAAAAAGAUAAUCUGGAAUUAAGUGGGAUGAAUGUAAGUAGAAGAAUGACCCCAACCAUACACUUAACAUUUAUAAAUGAACCUUUAUUAAAGACACUUCAAUGCCAUUUGUUAGACACUUCAAUAUU